UGGCAUAAAUAUCUGGCCUUCAGCACAGCCGUGGAAACUUGCUCUCUGUCCUCCUGCAGAUUGCUCCAGGUCUUGGCUGUCUGUGCUGACAUGGUGACCGAGCGGUGGUUUUCGGCGGCAGGCAGACGGGGACAGCUGCUCCGCAGAGGCUAACAGGAACAGCCUGGUGGGGUCCAUCUUGGAUAGACGCGGAUGAUGCCAGAGCUAUGACAGGGAUUGCAGUCUUGGCACUGAGGGGUGAUCAAUUAUGGAACAACUACAGGAGGAAGUACCUGAGGUCAAGGAAGAGGAAGAGGAAGAGGCAGUGAUGGUGGCAAGUGGAGCCUCAGACCCAACUGGAGGACCAGACAGCUCGCUGCCUUCAAGCAGCUACACAGACCUGUCACAGAGCUCCUCUCCCUCACUGUCGGACCAGCUGCAGAUGGGCUGCGAGGAGGCAGCACUGGGAGCGCUGAACGUGGAGUGCAGGGUCUGUGGAGACAAAGCUUCAGGCUUCCACUAUGGCGUGCAUGCCUGUGAGGGCUGCAAGGGUUUCUUCCGCCGGACGAUCCGCAUGAAGCUGGAGUAUGAGAAGUGUGAGAGGAGCUGCAAGAUUCAGAAAAAGAAUCGAAACAAGUGCCAGUACUGCCGCUUCCAGAAAUGCCUCUCUUUGGGCAUGUCACACAAUGCAAUCCGCUUUGGGCGCAUGCCAGAGGCAGAGAAGAGAAAGCUGGUGGCAGGGCUGACAGCAAGCGAGAUCGGCUGCCAGAACCCACAGGUGGCUGACCUGAAAGCUUUCUCCAAGCACAUCUACAACGCCUACCUGAAGAAUUUCAACAUGACCAAAAAGAAGGCAAGAGGUAUCCUGACCGGGAAGGCCAGCAGCACCCCACCUUUUGUGAUCCAUGACAUGGACACCUUGUGGCAGGCAGAGAAGGGGCUGGUGUGGAAGCAGCUGGUGAAUGGCAUCCCCCCCUACAAGGAGAUCGGGGUGCACGUCUUCUACCGCUGCCAGUGCACCACGGUGGAGACUGUGCGGGAGCUCACUGAGUUCGCCAAGAGCAUCCCCAGCUUCAUAGGCCUCUACCUGAACGACCAAGUGACUCUGCUCAAGUACGGGGUGCACGAAGCCAUCUUCGCCAUGCUGGCCUCCAUCAUGAACAAGGAUGGGCUGCUGGUGGCCAACGGGAAUGGCUUCGUGACCCGCGAGUUCCUGCGCAGCCUGCGCAAGCCCUUCAAUGAGAUCAUGGAGCCCAAAUUUGAGUUUGCUGUGAAGUUCAACGCGCUGGAGCUGGAUGACAGCGACCUGUCCCUGUUUGUGGCUGCCAUCAUCCUGUGCGGAGACCGCCCUGGCCUGAUGAACGUGAAGCAGGUGGAGGAGAUCCAAGACAACAUCCUGCGAGCGCUGGAGUUCCACCUGCAGUCCAACCACCCGGAUGCCCAGUACCUCUUCCCCAAGCUGCUGCAGAAGAUGGCUGACCUGCGACAGCUGGUGACAGAGCACGCCCAGCUGGUGCAGAAGAUCAAGAAGACAGAGACAGAGACAUCUCUGCACCCACUUCUGCAGGAGAUCUACAAGGACAUGUACUAAGGACCUGUUAUUUAUGAGAAUGAAGCCAUUGAUUCCCAUCAAGACUCUUUGUACAGAAACAAAGAAAACCCUUCCCAGUGUCUUCCAUUUCUCCUACUGGAAACUCUUUUCUAUGUGACCCUGACAUACGGUACAUAGGGCAAGAUGCUGUCAGGAUUUGCAGCCGCCUCCUGCUUGGCCAGGGCUUCCGUUAACACACACUAACAAAUCUGCAAAGCUGCUGUUCCCGUUCCUGUGACCCAGCUCUGGCUGCUCCCACAGCGGAGCAGCCGCCCAGUUUACAUGGCUCAGGCAGCAAGGUCACUGUGGCACCUCGAGUCCCCAGGAUGGGAAGCUCUGGUCCUGAGGAGCGCCAGGGGGGUGCAGGGGCCAGCGAGGCUGACAGCAGCACUUACAGUGUAUUUGUGUUCUCUUGUUCAUUUGCACUCCAAGGACGUGGUCCUGAGCCAUGAAGUCUGGGACAGUGUGAUGAAAGGAUGUAUCUCUCUUUCCCAAAGAAAAGCUCUGGAGUAUUUGAACAUGGGUAGGGCUGUCCCAGCAGAGACCCUCAGCUGCGGCCCUGCCUGUGCUCUGCAGUGUGUUCCUGUCUCCCACAGGACCGUGUGAGCUCUGCCUUCCCAGGUGCUGUGUGGGAGCCUUUGCUUCUGGCACCCUCGUUCCAUAGGGAACGUGUCCCUUGGCACCUCAGUAUAAGAGGCUGGGAUGGGGAAUUAGGAGGGAAAGGAUUUGACUCCUUAAAAUUCACCUUCAGAGCAGAGCCACAGAAUCUGUGGCUUCCACAGGCUGUUCUGCAUAGAUGUGAGUUAGAAAAAAAGGCGUGUGGAGCGUCAGGGGCCUUGAGCUGGUCAGGGUUUGGUGUCCUGCCUCAGUUUCCCCUCUGUGAAAGGUGCCUGGAUUGUAACAUGCUGUCUGCUCGGAGCAGGAGCACAAGGAUCUGUUAGUGCAUUGGUUGCAUAAAGCUUUGCAGCUGUAAAUGCCAAGGAUUUAUAAGCAGGGAGGGAGGAUGCUCCCAAUGGGCAGGAGCUUCCCAGUGAGCAUGGCUGUCAGGGAAGCUGCUAGUCCUCCUCUGCCACUGUUCCCAAGAGUGGGAACAGCUCCAGGCUUAGGGGUCUGCCUGAACCCAGCAGCAUUCUGGGACUUUACCUCACAACUUCUCACAGCUGUAGUGAAACACCUCGGUGCUGCCUGGGCCAGGCCAGGCCCCUGGUGUGGGGGCUGUGUCACUUGGACUUCAGGUGGACCUGGGAAGGGCUCAGUUUCCCUUUCAGGGUAAUGGUGUCUCAUCUAAGAAGCAACACUUCCUCAUCUGCAACUCGUAGUCCCCUGUGUCCUGAGCAGCCUUAUUAAAAUAUUGAUAUUCCCUAUGAGGGGUUGUGGGAGCAAAUUAUUCGGUUUUAUUUUACUUUCCUCCUCUUCAGGGUAGCAGAUUUCCUUGGUGCAAUAAUUCCUUUAAAACCCAAAGGAGAAGAGCACUGAACUUUCCCUCCCCAUCACAGGGCUGGCCGGUCCCAAACCUCCCCAUGCUGCCACACUCCACUCCUUUUGCCGUGCCUCAGUUUCCCUGCCCAGCCCUCCCCUCCCUACCUCGCAGGGGUGUUGGGAAUUACCGUUUCUGAAGCACUUUGAAGCCCUCUGGGGGAAGGCAUUGGAGACAUGCGUGUGCUGGUCGGAGCCCGGGGAUUUGUCCUUCCCAAAAGCCCGGUGGUGUCCCCGCCGCGGCCACAAUGCAGGACUCGUGCCCAUCACCUGGGAAACUUUUUGCUCUUCCUUCCUCCACAGUAUAACAACCCUCAAACUGAAAUGUAUAUUUUUGCUAGAAAUACAAACCUCCAAGUGUUUUUAAUAAUAUAGUGUCCACAAACUGACUUGACUUUAAAUAAAUCAGAACUAAAUAUUUAAGAA